AUGGCACCGCCUCCUGACAAUCGCACAAACGAUUCCACCACCAACGCCGUCGCCCCUCCUCCACCCGGCGCCGCCGACGACCAGCUGCAGUCAAUUCUGCGCUCCGCCCGGCCCUUCCUCCGCGGCGAGCUCGAAUCGGUGGACGAAAACCUGCCCCGACUCGUCGCCGUCCUCCGCUCCGUCGGCGCAGGGGAGUGCUGGCACAAGCACGGCAGCUUCCUCGACCACCUCCUCGACAUCUACCGCAUCCUCAAGCUCUGGGGAGCUCCGGAAGCCGUCUGCCUCUGCGGCCUCUUCCACUCCGCCUACUCCAACUCCUACGUCAACCUCGCCAUCUUCGACCCUUCCACCGCCCGCGACGUCGUCAGGGCGCACGUCGGCGACGCCGCGGAGGACCUGAUCCACCUCUUCUGCGUCGUCCCCCGGCAGUCCCUGAUCCACGACGACCUCCUGUUCAGGUACCCCGACGACGCGGAGCUCCGCCGCCAUCUCUCCGAUUCCGAGGCUACCGUGAGGAAGGCGAAGGAGGAGAAGGGGGAACUCGACGCAGGGGAGGCGUGGAGGGUGAAAUUGAACUCGAUUUUGCCGAGGGAAGGGGUGAAGGUGAGGCACAUCAAGACAGGGGAGGAGAUUUUGGUGUCGAGGAGAGUUGUAGCGGUGUUUUUGCUGAUGACGAUGGCCGAUUUCAGCGAUCAGUUGUUUGGAUUUCAGGAUGCUCUGUUCGAGAACUCCGACGGGAGGCUGGAGUUCGCCGGCAACAAUUUCGGAGCUCUGUGGCCGGGCGACGGGAAGCCGGGACUGUGGAUCAAUUCGAUCUCGAGGAUGGGCGCUGUUUACUCGCUGAUUGCGAGGGAAGAGGAGAUUGUUGAGAGGGAAUUGGGAAUUAGGGUUGAUGCGGCGGAGAUGGAGAUGGAGCUGGAGCUGGUGGUGCCGCCGGUGUUAAAGGGAUGUACAGAGAUUGUGGACGCGACGGAGCAGAUGGAGGCGAGGGAGCUGUACUGGGAGGCGGUCGCCGGGAUAGGAUCGAGAUCGGAGUUGGAUUUGGAGGCGGCGGAGGAGCUGCUGGUGAGGAGCGUGGAGAAGAAUGCGGUGGUGGGGGAGCCGCGCGUGGUGCUAGCGCAGGUUUAUCUGAGUAAAGGAAGGUUCGAGGAGGCGGAGAGGGAGGCGGCGGUUGGGUUGAGGCUGAUUUUGGAGUGGGGGAGCGCGUGGGAUAAACGGAUGUCCUGGGAAGGUUGGGUAUCUUGGGCCAGAGUUCUGCUCAUGAAAGCCGAAGAGAAGUCCUGGCCCAAUACUUCUUGGGGCAUACUUAAUUUGGGCCUCGUCAGGUAA